GGCGGGCUCGGGUGGCGGCGGUGCGAGCGCGGCGAUGGGGAGCGGCGGCGUGAUUCACUGUAGGUGUGCCAAGUGUUUCUGUUAUCCUACCAAGCGAAGAAUCAGAAGGAGACCUCGAAACUUAACCAUCUUGAGUCUCCCAGAAGAUGUACUAUUUCACAUCCUGAAAUGGCUUUCUGUUGGGGAUAUCCUUGCUGUCCGAGCUGUACACUCCCACCUGAAGUACCUGGUAGACAGCCAUGCCAGCGUGUGGGCCUGUGCCAGCUUCCAGGAACUAUGGCCUUCUCCAAAGAACUUGAAGCUCUUUGAAAGGGCUGCUGAAAAGGGAAAUUUUGAAGCUGCUGUGAAGCUGGGAAUAGCCUACCUCUACAAUGAAGGCCUGUCCGUAUCUGAUGAGGCCCGUGCAGAAGUGAACGGCCUGAAGGCUUCUCGCUUCUUCAGUCUGGCUGAGCGCCUGAAUGUGGGUGCUGAGCCCUUCAUCUGGCUCUUCAUCCGCCCGCCGUGGUCAGUAUCUGGAAGCUGCUGCAAGGCCGUGGUCCAUGAGAGCCUGAGGGCAGAGUGCCAGCUGCAGAGAACUCACAAAGCAUCCAUACUACAUUGCUUAGGAAGAGUACUAAGUCUUUUUGAGGAUGAAGAGAAAAGGAAGCAGGCCCGGGAGCUGUUGGAAGAGGCUGCUCAUCAAGGAUGUUUAGCCAGCUCAUACCUCCUUUGGGAAAGUGACAGAAAGACAGAUGUGUCAGAUCCUGGGCGAUGCCUCCACAGCUUUCGGAAACUCAGGGACUAUGCUGCCAAAGGCUGCUGGGAAGCACAGCUGGCUUUAGCCAAAGCCUGUGCAAAUGGAAACCAGCUUGGUCUAGAAGGGAAAGCCUGCAAUGAGAUAGUCUGCCAGCUGUUCCAGGGCUCCCAAGCCAUCAGUAAGCAGCAGGUCUUCUCCGUGCAGAAGGGACUCAAUGACACGAUGAGGUACAUUUUAAUCGACUGGCUGGUAGAAGUCGCCACGAUGAAGGACUUCACAAGCCUGUGCCUUCAUCUGACGGUGGAAUGUGUGGACCGGUACUUGCGAAGGAGGCUGGUGCCCCGAUACAAGCUACAGCUGCUGGGCAUUGCCUGCAUGGUCAUCUGUACUCGGUUCAUCAGUAAAGAGAUCCUCACUAUCCGAGAGGCUGUGUGGCUCACAGACAACACAUAUAAAUAUGAGGACCUGGUGAGAAUGAUGGGAGAGAUUGUCUCCGCCCUGGAAGGGAAGAUUCGAAUCCCCACCGUUGUUGAUUACAAAGAGGUCCUGCUGACACUGGUCCCGGUGGCACCCAGAACCCAACACCUGUGCAGCUUCCUCUGCGAGCUCUCCCUGCUGCACACCAGCCUGUCUGCCUUUGCCCCAGCUCACCUGGCCUCUGCAGCACUGCUCCUAGCCAGACUGAUGCAUGGACAGACACAGCCCUGGACCACUCGGAUGUGGGACCUCACUGGGUUCUCCUAUGAAGACCUCAUGCCCUGCGUCUUAAGCCUUCAUAAAAAGUGCUUUCAUGAUGAUGCUCCUAAGGACUACAGGCAAGUCUCCCUGACCGCCGUGAAGCAGCGAUUCGAGGACAAGCGCUAUGAAGAAAUCAGCCAGGAAGAGGUGCUGAGCUAUGGCCAGUUGUGUGCUACGUUAGGAGUGAAACAAGAGAGCCCAGAGCCUCCAUCUUUCCUCAGUGCAGGGGAAAUCCACACCUUCCUCAGCUCUCCCUCUGGGCGGAGAACUAAACGGAAGCGAGAGAACAGCCUCCAGGAGGACAGAGGCAGCUUUGUCACCACCCCCACCGCAGAGCUGUCCAGCCAGGAGGAAACACUCCUGGGCAGCUUCCUGGAUUGGAGCUUGGACUGCUACUCUGGCUAUGAGGGAGACCAGGAGAGUGAGGGCGAGAAGGAGGGUGAUGUGACAGUUCCCAGUGGCAUCCUUGAUGUCACUGUGGUCUACCUGAACCCAGAACAGCACUGCUGCCAGGAAUCAAGUGAUGAGGAGCCCUGCCCGGAGGACGAAGGAUGCCUGGUGCCAGGCACCCACACACUUCCAAUCCCAGGGUCUCUUCUCUGCAGCAGGAGGGAGCUGGGCAAGGACAUCACCACCUCAGGAUACUCUUCCAUCAGCAGUGCAAGUUCCACAAAUUCUGUGGACGUCAGCUCCGGGGAUCCUCCCCAGUCUACCUCAGUGCUGUCCCCAGGCAGCGACUCAAGCACACAGCCUUGCCACCAUCAGGCCAAGAAGUCAUGUUUACAGUGUCGCCCCCCUAACCUCUUAGAGAACAGUGUUUCUCCGCGACAGGUGAAGCGGCAAAACCUAUCAGUCCAUAGUGAUGAGGACAUGAACUUGGGCUUCCUGAAGCUGUGAAUGUGUCAGUGUGUCUUCCACAGUGAAUGUUUACUGAGGAAGGGCUGCUGUUUCCAGGGCCAGGAGUGGGGCACUGCAGAGGGGCGCUGUGUAGACCCUGGGUGGCCAUUGCACAGAGAACAAAGGGGUAACUCAUGGUCACCAGGUUUCUUUGCCCAUACAAGCCAUUAGAACAUCAAAAUCAAGGUGAAAAGCUUAGCUCCUUCCUCUUUGGAAAAGUUUAGCCUCAAAGUAAUUGUGCCAUACCAUAUGAAGCCCAUCUCUCUGCUCUCCUAUGUCCUGCUGUUCUGGAAGCUUCAGCCUGUUUGUGAUCUGAUCUUCCCAGCCCCCACGGAGCCUCAUGUCAGGAGCUAACAGCUUCCACACUCUGAAAACAUAGCCCAGCCCAGACAGCCUGGCACAGCUGGAGCCCCUGCUGGCAUGUCUGGAUUCAGGAGCCAGCAGGGAGCUUUCAGUUCUAAGUACACCACUGUCCCCUCACCUCCCCUUGGCCUGCAUGGGACAUUCACUGUGUCCCUGCACAUCAGUGUGAACUGCAGCUUGACCACUGGGUGUGAGGACUGUGAAGCGGGGGCCACAGAUUCCCUCCUUCCAGCACUUCCAGCUCAUCUUUCCAGAGUGGUUUGUCUGGGUCCCUGUGGUAUCCAUGUGAACAUCUCUCUACACUGAAUUUCUGAGCCAUUCUUUUCCCAUCUUUAUUUCUGUAUUUCUUUCUUCCUCCAAGAUGAAAACGAGAAACAUUUAAAUCAGAGGGCAUUAAAUACAAAGAAAAUCUGAAGCUAGCCCCUCAGUACUACCCUGGCACUCUAUGCAAAAAGAAUUUUUCCAGAGGGGAGAGAAAAAAGUCACUUGUAAUAACAGGUGACCAAAAGGCAGAAAAUCAAAAGAAGUCAGAGGGCUUCCCCUUGGCUGACCAGAACUGUAGAAGUGCUGUGGAUUCCACCAGAAACAAGCAGAUGUGUACCCUUUCAUACUGGCCAGAGAGUCUUCCCCAUUUCAAAGGUGACAGGGCUAAAGGCACAGCUCUAGUAGAGUGCUUGGCUAGUAUGUAGAAGGCCCUGGGUUUGUGAGGUAGCAGUCCAGACAGUGCCUGGUAUUCUUGUGUUUUAUUCUUGAAUAUAAGAAAGAACCAUUUGGCCAGGAAUGUCCCCAAAUGCUCUUGAACCAGAAGUACAGGGAUGGGGGGAUGUUGGCUCAGUGGUCACUCUGGUGUGUGCUUGCAUGUGUUUGUCCCUGUGACAGCUAUCUUUUGCUACUGUAAGAGAACUCUGACGACCCUGACCGGGACAUGGGUGGGGUGAGGAGAA